AUGCCACUGGCACAGCAGCAUCUCAGGGCCUCUGUGCCCACAACAAGCUGGAUCCUGGCUUUGGCUCUGUUUCUUGCACUACAGGGUGCCACUCACGCUGCUCCAUCAGGAGACAACAAGCUGGUACGUACCACCAGAGUGAGGAGACAGACCCCAGGGGAGAAUCAGCCCCCCUCCGCUUCCUCAGCCAACCAGACCCUGCGAGAGCAACCCGUGGUCUUUAACCACGUCUACAACAUCAAUGUACCCUUGGAGUCUCUGUGCUCUGUCGACCUUGACGCCUCCGCACCACCUGACCCAGGUGAUGGUUCUCGUGCUGAGUUGGGGUCCGGCCCUUCUGUGGAGGGUCCAAUGGAUCCAAAUGGACCAACAGAAUACUCUGAGCAGACGCUGGAUGCUGACAGCCAGGUAACGUUCACCCACCGCAUCAACAUCCCAAAAGCUGCCUGUGGUUGUCCAGCAACAACCACAAUCCAGCAGCUUGCCACCAGGGUGGAGAUGCUGGAGAGAGAAGUCUCCCUGCUCAGAGCUCAGUGUGGGUCUGGAUGCUGCGGGGAGAGCUCAGCCAUGGGUCGUUUGGACUUUGUCCCAGGCUGCAGUGGCCACGGCAGCUUCAGCUUUGACCUGUGUGGCUGCAUCUGUGAGGAAGGUUGGACUGGUAAAAACUGCUCCGAGUCUCGCUGCCCAGACGACUGCUCCGGCCAGGGGGUGUGCGUUGAAGGGGAGUGUGUGUGUGACCGUGACUUUGGAGGCGACAACUGUUCAGAGCCGCGGUGCCCUUCAGACUGCUCGGGUCGCGGGCUGUGCAUCGACGGGGAGUGUGUGUGCGAAGAGUCCUUCACCGGCGAGGACUGCAUGGUCGGGAGGUGUCUGAACGACUGCUCGGACCAGGGGCUGUGCGUCAACGGGACGUGCCAGUGCCGGCCCGGGUAUGUGGGAGAGGACUGCUCGCUGGUCUACUGUGCCAACAACUGCAGCAAGAAGGGAGUCUGCAAGGAUGGAUUCUGUUCCUGCCAGGAUGGCUUUGCUGGAGAUGACUGCAACUCUGUGGCACCAGCCAUGAACCUGAAGGUCCGAGGCGUGACUGAUCGCGUUAUUGACCUGGAGUGGGAGGGAUCAGUUGUGCUGACAGAUUUCUUAGUGACCUAUACGCCAAGCAGUGCCGGAGGUGUCCAAUUAGAGAUAAGGAUCCCAGGCAAUAUCACCACCUGCUCCAUCUCAGGCCUGGAGGCAGGCAUAGAGUACAACAUCAACGUGUUCGCUGUUAUUAACAACAGUAUCAGCGUCCCUGCCAGCAUCACUGUUUCAACCUAUCUCUCCAAUCCGGAUGGUUUAGUCUUCAAAUCCAUCACAGAGACGUCAGUGGAGGUUCAGUGGCAACCGUUCUACUAUUCCUUCGAUGGGUGGGAGAUCAGCUUCAUCCCCAAGGACAAUGACGGAGGGAUGACUGCACAGCUGCCCAGCACCAUCACUUCCUUUGUGCAGACUGGUUUGAGACCAGGGGAGGAGUACACUGUUAACCUGGUGGCACUCCGAGACCAGGGUCGAAGCCAGCCAGUCACUGCUAUUGUCACAACAUUGAUUGAUGGCCCCACACAGCUGAUCGUGCGGGAUGUGUCGGACACCGUAGCGUUUGUGGAGUGGACACCACCAAAAGCAAAGAUUGAUCAGAUUGUGUUGCGGUACGGCCUGGUGGGAGGAGAGGGUCCACGGACCACCUUCCGCCUCCAGCCUACACUCAGCCAGUACUCCCUGCAGGUUCUGCGUCCUGGCUCUCGUUACGAGGUGUCUGUGAGCGGUGUGAGGAAAGGAAAUGAGAGCGGGUCUAUUUCCACUGAAUUUACUACCGAGAUCGAUGCCCCUAAGAACCUACGGCUCGUAUCCAAGACCUCCACCACCCUGGAGCUGGAGUGGGAUAACAGUGAGGCUGAGGUGGAGGGCUACCAGGUGGUGUACAGCACUUUAGCGGGAGACCAGUACGAUAAAGUCAUUGUACCACGCAAUGAGGGAGCCACCACUAAGACCACUCUCACAGACCUGCUGCCAGGCACAGAGUACGGCAUCGGCAUUUCUGCCAUGAAAGGCAGCAACCAGAGCACGCCAGCAACAAUGAACGCCAGGACGGGUCUGGAUGUGCCCAUGGAUCUAACUGUGACGGCUUCUACAGACAACACCAUCACUCUGGUGUGGGGUGUGGUUCAGGGUCCCAUUGACCAUUACAAGGUCUCCUACACGUCAUCUUCUGGCAUCACGACCGAGCUGACAGUGCCUAAAGAUGUUACCACCACCACUCUGACUGACCUUGAGCCUGGUACUGAGUACACCAUCACUGUAGCAGCAAGAAGAGGAAGGCAGCAGAGCACUGCAGCUACCAUAGACGCCUUCACAGGCAUGGACCCACCAAAAGAGAUGACGGUAUCAGAUGUGACUGAAGACGCAGUGACUAUCUCUUGGAUCAAACCACUGGCGCCAUUUGAAUACUAUAAGCUGUCCUACCAGUCAGCCAGAGGUCGAGUGGACAGCGUGGUGAUUGACAGCGAUGUGACCAACUACACCUUGUCCAGCUUGUUUCCUGCUACAGAAUACGAGAUCAGCCUCAACGCUGUCAGAGGGAGUCAGGAGAGCAAAGUGGUCAGCACCUCCGUCUUCACAGCAAUGGACAUGCCAGCUGAGCUGACGGCUCUCAACAUCACCCCACGAGGAGCCCUGCUGAGGUGGAACCCCCCUCUCUCCAGUGUCGACAACUACGUGCUGACUCUCACACACAACCAGGUGACAGCUGAUACUUUCCUUGUGGAAGGCAACAAGCAGGAGCACCAGCUGUCAAACCUCAAACCAAGCACCAGCUACUCUGUAGCCCUCUACGCCACCAAAGGACCCCUCACCAGCGGGACCGUCAUCACCAACCUCCAAACACCCAUGGACGCGCCCCUGAACCUGACAGCCAGUGAAGUGAAUCACCGCAGCGCUCUCAUCUCCUGGCAACCGCCAGUCGCAGAAAUUGACAACUACAUGCUCACCUACAAGUCAACCGACGGCAGCCGCAAAGAGCUGAUCCUUGACUCAGAGGACACGUGGAUCCGACUGGAGGGACUGGCUGAGACCACAGAGUACACUGUCAAGCUCCAGGCUGCAAGAGGACUUGACACCAGCGCUGUAGUCUCCACUACCUUCACUACAGGGAGUCGUCUGUUUGCAACACCUCAGAAUUGUGCCCAACACCUGCUGAAUGGAGAGACUCUGAGCGGCGUCUACACCAUUUACAUCAACAGAGACCCCAGCCAGGGUGUGCAGGUGUACUGUGACAUGACCACUGAUGAAGGAGGCUGGAUUGUAUUCCAGCGGCGUCAGAACGGCCUGACAGACUUCUCCAGGAAAUGGAGUGACUAUCGGGUCGGCUUUGGAAACCUGGAGGAUGAAUUCUGGCUUGGUCUGGACAACAUCCAGAGGAUUGCCGCUCAGGGCCGUUACGAGCUGAGAAUUGACAUGAAAGACGGACAGGAGUCGGUCUACGCCAAUUACGACAAAUUCUCCAUUGGAGAUGCCAGAAACCUCUACAAGCUCAGGAUAGGAGAGUACAAUGGCACCGCUGGUGACUCUCUGAGCUACCACCAGGGCCGGCCCUUCUCUACAAAAGACAGAGACAAUGACAUCGCUGUCACUAACUGUGCCUUGUCUUACAAAGGAGCCUGGUGGUACAAGAACUGCCACAGGGCCAACCUCAACGGCAAAUAUGGCGAGUCCAGACACAGUCAGGGUAUUAACUGGUACCACUGGAAAGGCCACGAGUUCUCCAUCCCUUUCGUGGAGAUGAAGAUAAGGCCGUUCAACUUCCGUAGCAUCAGCAGCAAGAGGAGGCGGUCUGCCCCUGUAUAA